UAAUUUGUGUAUAUAAAGUCGCCCCCUCUUCCACUUUCUUCUGCACUUUCAUCCUACUGAAACAACAAACAGAGGCGAAAAUAGCGAAGAUGGGGCCCUACCGAUCCUCCCCGAUCAUGCUUCUUCUCUUCUUCAUCGCGAUAACUCUAUCAUCGGCGAUGGACUAUUCGAUCAUCUCCGGCAGGACGGACGAGGAGGUGAUGGCGCUGUACCGGGAGUGGUGUGCCAAGCACGGAAAGCAGCACAACGGCCUGGGAGCAGAGCGGGAGAAUCGAUUCGAGAUUUUCAAGGACAAUCUCAAGUACAUCGACGAAAUCAACUCCCAAAAUUUGCCCUACCGAUUAGGUCUGAACGUCUUCGCAGAUCUGACCAACGACGAGUACCGAUCCAAGUACCUGGGACCCAAACGCGCCGCCGGUUCACGGCGGAACAAGACGAGCAGCCGCUAUCACCCUCGCCUUGGGGAUAAUCUGCCGGAUUCCAUCGAUUGGAGGGAGAAAGGAGCGGUCGUUGGGGUCAAAGACCAGGGAAGUUGUGGGAGUUGCUGGGCUUUCUCAACAAUAGCUGCCGUGGAAGGCAUAAACCAGAUUGUUACAGGAGACUUGAUAUCAUUAUCAGAACAGGAGCUGGUGGAUUGCGACAAUUCUUAUAACGAAGGUUGCAAUGGAGGCCUAAUGGACUAUGCCUUCGAAUUCAUCAUCAACAACGGCGGCAUUGACACUGAAGAAGAUUAUCCUUACAACGGCUUUGAUAGCUCCUGCAUCCAAUAUAAGAAAAAUGCCAAGGUUGUUUCGAUUGAUGAUUAUGAAGACGUCCCUGUAAACAAUGAGAAAGCACUGCAAAAAGCAGUAGCUAAUCAGGUUGUGGCUGUUGCAAUUGAAGGAGGUGGGAGAAGUUACCAGCUAUAUGAAUCGGGUAUAUUCACUGGAAGGUGUGGAACAGCCUUGGACCACGGUGUUAAUGUGGUUGGAUAUGGGUCGGAAGGGGGCGUCGAUUAUUGGAUUGUGAGGAACUCAUGGGGAAAGAGCUGGGGUGAGAAAGGCUACAUAAGGAUGCAACGCAACGUCCCUUCCAAAAAUGGUCUCUGUGGGAUUGCAAUGGAACCCUCUUACCCCAUUAAAAAUGGACCAAACCCACCAAAUCCAGGCCCAACCCCUCCAAGUCCGGUGAAACCUCCAUCUGUAUGCGAUGAAUAUUACUCCUGUCCCGCCUCUGAAACUUGCUGCUGCAUCUUCGAGUUCUCAAACUUGUGCGUUGAAUGGGGAUGCUGCCCACUCGAAAGCGCUACCUGCUGUGAUGACCAUUACAGCUGCUGCCCCCAUGACUACCCCAUCUGUAACGUCCGCGCUGGAACCUGCUUGAGGGGCAAGAACGAUCCUUUUGGAGUGAAGGCGAUGAGGCGCACUGCAGCUGCAGCUAAACCAUCGUGGGCAUUUGGAGACGCAAGUGUUGGAAAGAGCAGUGCUUAAAAAGGUUGCAGCUUGGUGGAGGGUUGAGAUUCAACCCAAGGCUGAAAAGACAGAUUCGUUACUGUUGGAUCAAUACUCUCCAAGUCUCACACAUUUAAGUUUAAUGGUCGUUUAAAUUUAUCAGACAAUGACUGUAUAUAGGACAUAAUUCGAAUUCGAACACUUGAGACACCGAUUGUUGUCAAGUUAUAUUAGCACUUUGUCUCUGAGUAAAAUGCAGGCCAAUUGUGGCCUUGUUAAUUAUGAUCUGCUGUAUCAUUUCAAUGGUAUUUAAACUGUUUCUACCUUCUAAA